AUCGAACGCGUUCGAGCACUGGUCUUUGCCCCGACGAACUAAUAAACUGUCUUCAGAAGAAAAAUUCGAAGCACACAGUGAAAAAUUAAUACAUUAUUCUUGACAAUUUUUACUGUUCUGAUAAACGAGACGAAAUUUAAAAAAGCAUUCUGUACAGUGAUUUCUGUAAAAAGGGAUGUAAUUUGGAAGAAGCGGAGACUCUUUGGGGAAACUGAAGAAAAUGUGCAGGAAACAUCGAGGUUCCUCUCAGGAAAUUGUCUCGCCACCCGCAAGAACGGUAACAUUUUCUCUGGAAACUUGGACACCCCCUUCCUACGUGAGCAGUACCAUUCUGAUCCUCCUGAAUCGAAAGUGAAUUAGAAAAGAAAUACAAAAAGUGAAUUUUCCUCGGUUCUUGAACUCCCGCUUAAACGAUGACCAUCAGGAACUCUGAAUGCGCGUGACGAGCGUCGUGUGCGUCUUAAUGAAGAGUCAUCCAUUUAAGUCCAGUGUUCCACGCGGACAAUCAAGAUCGCCUCGUGCCACGAGGAACGUUCAUCGAGUGAGAAUCUCGAGCUUCGAACGCGCGGAUCAAAAUUGAAUCGAAUCAUCGAAGGGAAUACGAAAGGAUCGUGAUCAUGUCUCAGACAACGGAACCAACCGCGGUUCACUGCUACACGAAUCCGUCGUUUUGUCGACAAUCGGAGUACAUACCGGAAGAGCAAACGGGCGAUCUACCGCCACCUCCGCAGUUUCAAAGCGGCGGCGACGAUUUACCGCCACCGCCUCCGCCAUUACAAUUGCAGUACAACGGUGGCCAAAGCAAUCCUGCGUUUCAAGGGCCGGUCGAAAGUAAAGUCGGGCUUUACGAGGCGAGGGAAAGAUACUGUUAUCUGGAGGAAAACAACGGGCCGACUCAUCGAAGAUACUCGAGUCUGCCGAUAGAAGAGCAUCGGACAACGUAUAAUCGACCUUCGAGGUACGAAUAUAUUCAGGAUGAGCAGACUGGUCGGAUGGAAAGAAGGGGUUCCUCGAGGUACGAGUUCAUUCCGCACCAGCAGGUGCAACAACGUUCCACACCGGUGACCAACCAAGACGAUGGACGAGAGCCGCAGAUACAAAGUCGUCGAAAUAAUGUUGGAAGGUACGCCAUUGUACCGGGUGAUCAAAAUUAUCAGGACGAAGAAAACAGUUGGAACAACGUGAAUCACUUAUCGCCAACGCGGAGGCACAUUAACACACCCCAUGGUCGUUACACCAGAGUGCCUUUGCAAGAAGAAGACCCUCCAGCGCUUCCGGAACGAAACGCGCAGGAGUUGUCCGUCUCUCCGAAGAAUAAUUUAGCCACGCAAAAGCUGCACGAGAUAUUGACCACUCCUAGGAAACCUCGAUCCAGGUCCGAGGAAAGGACCCUGUCCCCAAAGAGACACCAGUCGUUCCAUCAAACCGGUACGCCACAAAGAAGGGCGCUAACUCCAGGUGGUUCCCCAACCGGUCGAACCUUCAGUCCGACUCGUUCCACGCCUCAAGGAACUCCUCCCAACCGUGGAUACUCUUCAGGAAUUCAAACCUCUACACCGAAUAAAGAAUCCUCGGCCAGAAGAUGUCUACCAUUGUCGGAAACCUCGUCCCGGCAACAGGACGUUUGUCCAGCCAGCAAUUGCGGCAGACUACGCUACGUUGGCACCGCGCCAGUCGACCUUGUCACGAUGGGUCACGGCGACCCACCGCCUCGUUACGCGUACAUGGAAAACGGGCCAGAAUCUAUGCCGAUGGUAUCCGGUUCGCCGCGGUAUCAAAUGAUACCCGCAGGACAGAAACGAAGCGGCUAUCAAAGCGUAGAAAGCGCGUUCAUCGCUAGAACAGCCGUGGUUCCUCCGCUGUCGCCACCGAACAGCGAGGCAAACACAACCUUGGCCAGUGGUUUGGAGAAGAACGACAGAAGAAACGCGCCGCUUCUAUUGAUCCUUGUUGGCAUUUUAACCUGCGGUUUGGCACUCUAUUUAUCCUGGACGCAAGGAAGAAGAUACUAUUACGACAGUGCAGCCGGUUGCGGUGCCUGUUGCGCCCUGGCAGGAGCUUGCAGGACACUGAGGAAGACUUGGACAGGACUCGGCCUCGCCGGACUAUCGGCACUGAGCUGCGCGGGACUUUUAUUGCUUGCCGCAAAAGCUCCCAAAGCGGGCACACCUCUUCACGACGUCACGGCUGGUGCUUUGUGCGGAGUCUCUUUAUUGGGUGCCAUUUUAGCGUUAAUAGCGCUUCUAUCACCGAAAUGCAAUUUGGGAAGGCACAGAAGGGUUCACUCUUGGAUACCCCGUCUGUCGCCUUAAUUUUCGAUAGCUGAUCGAUAUUUAUUGAUCUAUUUCUGAGAAGGGAUGUUUGAUACUGAGCAAAAAAGAAAAUCCUAGUCUGCUAUUUUAUUAAAUUACAGUACGGAAUAAUCUAAGAGAAUAAUUAAUCCUUUACGAACGAUGCAAUUUUCCUUUUAACAGAUUACUUAAGGCACAUGCAUGAAUUUAUAAAUUCGUAAAGGGUUAAAAGCGUCGUUUUUAAGCGAACCCCCAAUUGUAAACGCAAAGCCAAAUAAGUUUGUAAUAUGUACGAAAUAAAGUGUAAACCUUAAGGAGAACGUAGGAAUAAGGCAUUUGUAUUCUUCAAAAGAAUAGUUUUGUAAACCUUUGUAUAUUUAUAAACG